AUGGUUCACUUCCUGCACCUGGACCUGCCGCCCCGGACCCUGGCCUCUCCGGGCGCGCGGGAGGACGCGCCGGGCCGCUGCGUGGUGCAGGAGGAGGCAUCUCCUUACUCUUUGGUCAACAUCUGCCUGAAUGUCCCGGUCACCAACCUGGAGAAGCUGUGUUCGGGAAGAGCCGACGGAACCCUGUGCCUUCCUGAGCAUUGGCGGUUCCCUCCGGAACUAGCUGACCGGUUCCUGGGGGUGAUGACCUGGCAAGGCAAGUUGACUGAUAGAACAGCGAGCAUUUUUCGAGGCAACCAAAUGAAACUGAGGCGGGUCGAUAUUAAAAUAGCUAAAAUCUCUACAGCUGCAUUCGUGAAAGCUUUCUGCCAUCACAGACUCAUCGAGCUGGAUGCUUCUGCCGUGGACCCUGCCCUGCCGAUAUCAGACAUCCUACACGGGCUCUGCAGCAGCAGCUGGCUCCAGCGAAACUUCCGGCGUCUGCUAUUGGACUCAGCCAGCGUCCAUCCCGAUUCAAGACUGCUGUCAUUGGGCCAGCUCACGGGCCUUCGAGCUUUAAGUGUUUGCAAUGUCCAUUUUCAUAGAGAAGACCUGGCUAAUGUUUCUCAGUUGCCCAAACUGGGAAGCUUGGAUAUCUCCAAUACUCUGGUCACUGACCUCUCUGCACUCCUCAUCUGCAAGGAUCGACUCAAAUCUCUCACAAUGCACUAUCUGAAAUGUCUAACCAUGACCACGCCCCAGAUUCUCGCAGUCAUUAAAGAACUUACAUGCCUGUUUCACCUUGAUAUUUCGAAUCACAGGCAACCCCCGUCAGAUCUAGCUUUUCAUUUGCUGCAGCAGCAGGACAUUCUACCUAACCUUGUGUCGCUGGACAUUUCGGGGGGCAGCGCCAUCACCGAUGGAGCCGUGGAGCUGUUCGUCCGGCAGCGGCCUGCGAUGCGGUUUGUGGGGCUGUUGGCUACAGAUGCUGGUUAUUCCCACUUCUUUACUACACAGCACGGCUUGAGGGUUGCUGGAGGAGCCAAUGUGAUGCAGAUUUCAGAAGCGAUGAGCCAGUACAGGAACAGGUCAUGUUUUAUGAAGGAAGCCCUCUUCAGACUUUUUAGAGAGACCUUUUCAACGAAGGUAACCAUGCCUGCUCUUUUAAAACUUGUGGCCGUAGGAAUGAGGAACCAUCCCUUGGAUUUCCCAGUGCAGUUCACGGCCAGUGCUUGCGCCCUCAACUUAACACGCCAGGGCGUGGCCAGGGGAAUGCCUGUUCAUCUGUUGUCAGAGGUCACCUGUCUACUUUUCAAGGCCUUGAAAAACUUCCCUCAUUACUAGCAGCUGAAGAACAACUGCCCUAUAAAAGGUCUUAUAAGCUUUAUUGUGAGAAAAUUGCUGCUUUUCAGGCUUGAUGCUGCCAAAUUGGUUAUGAGAUGGCUCUGUAAGCAUGAACACCCCAAGAGGCAAACAGUGGCCAUGAGCAUCACCUGCGUGCUAGCCUUGCAGCUCUCACGUGAGCAAACUGCACAGCUUCAAGAAGAGCUCCUCAGGGCAGUGAAGGAACUUCUAACAAUAGUAAAACGAAAGACUACUGAGAAGUUAAAUGAUAUCACCCUCUUGGUUGCUUUGAAAGCACUUUGGAAUCUUACAGAUGAAUCUCCAAUUGCCUGCAAGUACUUUAUGGAAAAUCAAGGAUUGGCAAUCUUCAUUCAAGUUUUGGAGGCUUUUUCAGGAUCAGCAAUACAAAGCAAGGUCCUUGGACUUCUGAACAACGUGGCUGAAGUCCGAGAACUGUCCUCCGCGCUGGUGACCAGAGACGUGGUGAAGCACGUCAGCGCCCUGCUCACAGCUGCUGGCGUCAUAGCCCGCCUGUGCCCUGACACACAGCCCUGGGUGUCCCGUGACCUUCCGAGGAGCAUGCUUCUCCGGGACCUGUAUAGAACCAUCCAGAAUUGGCCAAGUUCAAGUUGUAAGACGACAUCAUUGGUGACCUACAGAUCCUUCAAGGCAUUUUUCCCUCUCCUUGGCGACUUCUCUCAGCCAGAGGGUCAGCUCUGGGCACUGUGGGCUAUGCAUCAUGUCUGCAGUAGAGACCCUGGCAAGUACUGCACAAUGUUAGCUGGAGAAGGAGGAAUGCAGCUUUUGUGUGACGUCCAGGAGCACAGUGAGGCAGACCCCCCAGCACGGCGGAUUGCAGCCUCCAUCCUUGAGGACUUCAGAAUGCACUUCAUGAAUCAGCAGAGACGCCCUUUGUGUUAAAUGCCCCUUUUAACCGAAGGGCCUGGAGGUGCUCUGUUCCUCAAGGGCAGGCAGAGCUUCACGGCAGCCACUGAAUGA